UGCAUCCGGAAGCCGAUGUGUCGGAGCUUUUCCGGGGCGGCGCUUCCUCUUAGCCUCUGCGACGGGACGGUAAACAUGGUGAACGUGCCGAAGACUCGCAGAACUUUCUGCAAAAAGUGCAAGAAGCACCAGCCUCACAAAGUUACCCAGUACAAAAAGGGCAAGGAUUCCCUUUAUGCACAGGGUAAGAGGAGAUACGACCGUAAGCAGAGCGGUUAUGGUGGCCAGACGAAGCCCAUUUUCCGAAAGAAGGCAAAGACCACAAAGAAGAUUGUGUUGAGGCUGGAGUGUGUGGAGCCCAACUGCAGGUCCAAGCGGAUGCUGGCCAUUAAGAGAUGCAAACACUUUGAACUGGGCGGGGACAAGAAGAGAAAGGGCCAAGUUAUCCAGUUCUAAAGAGCAUUUUGGUUUUCGUCUGUUUGUGGAUGAAGUCUUUGUCAAUAAAAGUUGAUGAGUA